GAGAAAACUGGGAAAAAAUACGAAGUGACUGAUGAUCGCAUUAUUUUCUCAAUGAAAGCGAAAUUGUUCUCUAUACAUAUAUUUUUGGUGAAGCUAGCUUUAUACUUUACGCUUUAAAGAACAAUCAGUAUGUCAGUUUGUUUUGGAUGUGCAUGUUUAAAGCCACGCUACAAAAGACUUGUUGAUAAUAUAUUCCCACUAAUCCCAGAGGAUGGACUUGUUAAAAACAACAUGGACAAACUAACAUACUAUGCCAUGUCUAACUCAGAAAAACUUGAUCGAAUUGGAGCUUAUCUGGAACAAAAGCUAGGAAGAGACUUACAGCGAAGGAGGAUUGGAUAUGUAUUUAUUAGUAUGGAUGCUUUAGACCAGCUGUUAGUAGCCUGUCACUCCCAUUCACUAAACUUGUUCGUGGAAAGUUUCCUGAAGAUGGUACAGAAACUGCUGGAAUCUGAUGACCCUGACUUACAAGUGUUAGCUACACAAUCAUUUGUAAAGUUUGCCAAUAUAGAAGAAGAUAACCCUUCAUACCACAGACGAUAUGAUUUCUUUGUAUCAAAAUUUAGUGCAAUGUGUCAUUGUGGCAAAGAUAAUGAAAACAUUAAAACAAAAAUACGUAAUGCUGGUUUAAGAGGUCUGCAGGGUGUAGUUAGAAAGACUGUAUCAGAUGAUUUACAAGUGAACAUUUGGGAGUCUAUACACAUGGAUAAAAUGGUUCCAUCGUUGUUGUUUAACAUGCAUAAUCCUAAUUUUAUGUCUGUGGAUUUAGAAAGUCCUAAAGAUGAAGAACACCCAGCAUAUUUAUCAGAAGUUGUCUUCAGAGAUCUGGUGUGCAGAGCUUCUUAUGGAAAUAUCAAAAGUGUGUUGAAACCAGCAUUAAUACAUUAUGACAACCACAAGUUAUGGGUUCCAAGUGAUUUUGUUGUUAAAUGUUUUAAGAUUAUAAUGUACUCAGUACAGCAACAGUACGGUUAUAUUGUUAUACAGACUUUAAUGGAACAUUUAGAUAAACAUACUAAAAGUGAACCACAGAUAAAGAACAGUAUUAUAGAUGUAUUAUAUGAGUCGGUGUUAAUAGCUGCUGGUGGAUCAAUCGGACCUUCUGUGUUAGACGUAAUCAACACUUUACUAAGACAUCUAAGGCUUUCUAUAGAAACAAAUGAUCAAACAAAAGAACAGUUUGAGGAUAAUAUCAUUAAUACUAUAGGGGAAUUUGCAAAGAAUCUUCCUGACUACCAGAAGAUAGAAAUUAUGAUGUUUAUAAUGGGAAAGUUUCCACAGUUCUCCUCAGAAGAAUUAGGAGAAGCAGUAGAUACAAGAAUGCAGACCAUGCUCCUGAAAACAUUACUUAAAGUUGCCUCUAAAUAUAAAACAGUUGAAAUGCAGAAAACUUUUCCUGUUGAAUUCCUGCUGCCAUUGCUCAGAAUAUCUCUAUUGCCAGAUGCUUCAAUGAGGGCCACUGUUCAGGAUAUACUACACAAGCUUAUAGAUCGUCAUGACAAUACUGAUAAACUAAAACAUAUAACAAUACCUAAAGAUGUUGGUGAUUUAGAUCUAGUUGUAGAAAAAAAUUCCCGACAUGACAGCCUGUUUAUGAAGAAGAAUGGCCUGCAGUUUUAUUGGCAUAUAUUGGAAAAUGUUCAGAUGACUUCCAACAAAGUGAACAACUUUGAAUCCCUGUAUUGUACAAUGUGUUUAUUAUGUGUUGAAAUUGGAUGUGAUGAAAUGGUUAUAGAAUUACUUAGACUUGGUUUAGAUUUACAGCAAUUAGCAAUGACUAAUUCAUCUUUACCCCUAACACAUAAAUGUGCUGUCCAUGGUAUGGUAGCUGCUUACCUUAACCUAGCCAGUCAGUUGUUAUGUGAACAACCAGUCUGUCAGUAUGUCUCAGAAAUUAUAGAGACAAGAAGAAAAGAAGCCCCACACUACCUUCCAGAGUUUGCUUUCAAUAGAGCCAACAGACCAAACAGCUACCCAUCAAGUGACACAAUGAGAGAUGAAUGGUUGUUUGAUCAGGUCAUGUUACAGGAGUUAUUGGUUGAAUGUGGACAAGAUGCUUCACGUCUUAAUGUCUCUUUGGCACAGAAACCAUUCAGUGCAAUGGAUGUGGGUACAAGUGGCAGUGCCAGUGACAUAGGAUCUAUACAGCUUGAGGUAGAGAGUGCUGAAACUUCACCAAUGGUGUCCAGGAAAUCUGUGAAAGAGGAAAUUACUGUUGAGUCAUUAAAGAAAAUGUUGGCUGAAGACAGUAGAGAGAAGAAGGAAGAAGAAGAGAAGAGACGACUUGAGAUUGUACAUACCUUUAGGACAGCACCAUUUGAAGAAAUAGUAGCUCGUUCUGAGGCCAAGUCCAAUCAUUUCCAUAACAAACUAAGUGAGAUUUUAGACAUGGUAUCCAAACCUCCAGAGAGUCCAGAGAGGAAUAGGAAAGCAUUUAGUGAUAAUGUUGUACCUGUGUAUGAUAUGCAGUUUCCUGAAUUAUUUGUUUACUAAUGGAACUCUGUUUACUAUCGUAUUCCAGAUGUCAGAUGUGUAUGUUGACUGUUUAUAGUGAGAUUAUAAAAUGAUAUUGUAAGAUAACAUGUUGUCUAGAAUAAUUAUAUAUCUGCAGUAUAUUAGUUGAUUUAUCAGGUAAACUGUUCAUGGUGAAGGUAAAAUGUAUUGAUUAACAAAUUCAGAGUGGAUUAAAUACAUAUCUAUUUUAACCACCUGUACAAAGUAUAUGUUAAGUGCCAAUCUGCCUAAGAAUCAGGUAGUGGUGAAAACAUGACAAAAAAAACCCACUCAAGUUGACAUUAAUUUAUGUUCAAAUUGUAUCAUGGUGCACGAAUAUAACAUUCGUUUCCUCUUCCUGUUCUGGUAACUCAAGAUAUAAUUUGGUUGAAAUGCACUAGAAAUUAACAAUUAAAGGGAGAUAACUCUGUAAUUUGCUAUCAUUCUAACCAAAAGUUAUCUAGAGAUUUCUCGAAUUACCAGAACAGCAGAAACAAAAGACCUACCAUUUCUAACUCAGGAUGAGGGUAACUUCAAAAUAGGAUAGAUUUGUCGGUGGGUUUUUUUCAGCCAUGUUUUGAAAUUUUUCUAAAUUGCCUGAUUCUUACAAAGACUGGCACUUAAUGCCACUUAUUACUAAGAACAAUGUUAAGAUGAAAAAGGUUUUGGUAUAAAAAAAAGAAAAAGAUACAAAUUAUUCAAUUUUGGGGUGAUCUUAGAUUUAUGUGAUCUUUUGCCGUCACUAAACAUUUGUUGUCUUUGUCUCUAAAACCUGUUGACCAGAUUGUUCGUCUCUUAAAAGUGAAGACAAGGUUGAUCAAAAUUUGGCUUGAAUGAUUCAUAGGAUGCCUAAUUUAAAAUUUGUGCCUUUGUCCACACUAACCAACUAUCAUGGCUGCCCUGGCUAAAAUAUAGAAACAAGGAUAACAUGUAAGCUAUUGUUUUAUAUUUUGAAAACUAUAAUAGAAAAUGUGAAUGGGACAAGUCCUAAAAAUUCAAUGUUUUCCUAUUUUGCAUUUCUAUCAAAAUUAUCAGAUGACUUCAUAUAGGAAUAUUUACCCUCUAAUGACAAUAUUUGACCAAAUGAAAUGUUUUUGCUGAUAGGAACUGUUAACAACAAACUGACCAGCAAUUCAAGAUCUAUGAAAGUGCCAAUAUUACUGAAACCAUAAAUUGACAUAUUAUAGGCGUAAUGGAUCUUAAAUAACAAUUAUUGACUAAUGCUAGCGGUUUUGCCUUUUAUCUGAAAUAUAGUAUAGACAGAUAGACUGUGAAAUCAAAAAUGAUCAUCAAGACAAGAUUUGCCAAAUAUAUCAUGUUACUUAAAUUGUCAAUUAACUGUUUAUUAAAAUAUUCCACUUAAUUUACUUUGUGUACUCAUUAUUCAAAUUUGUGUUAAAAAUAUGUUUGCUUAAACCAAGGAAUCAAUUGGAACCAUGUUUAAUUUUGAAUAAUCCUUAGUGUGUAGAUUUUAAUGAAUGAUCCUUUUUUACUGUACAGUUUAAUUAAUGAUCUUCAAUAUGUGUAGAUUUUAAUGAAAGAUCUUCAUUGUGUGUAGAUUUUAAUGAAUGCUCUUUAGUGUGUGUAGAUUUAAAUGAAUGAUCAUCAGUGUGUGCAGAUUUAAAUGAAUGAUCUUCAGUGUGUGAAGAUUUUAAUGAAUGAUCCUCAGUGUGUAGAUUAAAAUGAAUAAUCAUCAGUGCAUGUAUAUUUUAAUAAAUGAUCCUCAGUGUGUGUAGAUUUUAAUUAAUGAUCCUCAGUGUGUGGAUAUUUAAUGAAUAUUUCAUAAUAAUAAUGAAUGAAAUUUAGUGAGUGUAGAUUUUAAUGAAUGGUCUUUUGUGUGUAGAUAUUAAUGAAUGAUCAACAGUGUGUGUAGAUUGAAAUGAAUUAGUGUGUAGAUUUUAAUGAAUGAUCUGUAGUGUGUGUAGAUUUUAAUGAAUGAUCUGUAGUGUGUGUAGAUUUUAAUGAAUGAUCUUCAGUGUGCAGAUUUUAAAGAUUGAUCUUCAGUGUGUGUAGAUUUUAAUUUAUGAUUUAUCGUCCAGUAUGAAUGGUUUAUUAACCAACGGAAAAAAGAUCUGUGGGUUAAAAUUAAAGCGAAUGCCAAAUAACUAUGUAGAUAGAAAAUUUUAUCAGGGGGAAAGUUCAGAGUGUCAAGGUCUGCAGAACCUUAUCCAUCAAAACUGUCAAUUAAUUCUUCACUUGAGAUAUUGUCUUUCAAUGAAGAUUGUUAUGAUCUUUUCAACAUUUUCGGUAGAAAUGGAUGCAGACAAAAGGAAAACAGAAAAAUUAAAAUCUACAAAUCAUAACAUUAGUUGUUAAAAUUGGUGACUGCUUGGGGGAGAGCCUUUUUGUUUUGAGGUUGGGCUUAGAAGAAAAAUGUUAUCAUGGAACUCAAAGAAAAAACUAUUUGCAUAAAUAUCUUAUCUGUGAAAAAAAAUCAAUACCAAAAUAGAGCAAUUAAGGCUCUUAAGUGCUACAUUUUACCUUCAUUUCAAAUACUUCAGCUAGAAUGGACAUAUAUUUAUUGUAGAGAUUUGACAUUGUGUAAUCCUGCUUUGUACCAUUGGGUGGAUACUAUUGCUGAUAGCUUAUUAGUCCAUAGGAAGCUAACCUCUGGUAGGGGCUUGCUUUAAAUAAUAUAUUUUGUGAGUUUACUUCCACUUCAUAGAAAAUGCAAUGGUACCAAAAACUGAGGUUGUAACUUAACUCAGGCAAAGUCGACCUUUGUUUUUGAUGUUUUAUUUAGGCCCUUUCUGUAAUGUAUUAUUUUUUGGUUUCCAAAACUUUUGAUCCUAGCCUGCCAGAUAAAUAUGAAAAAAUGGAGAUCAUCAAUAAUACAGCAGCACAAGACGAAAAUAAUCAAAAACCUCUACAGGGCAACAUACAGUCUUCAACAAUAAACUAGCUGUAAGGUUACUCUAAAAAGGGGUCAUGCACCUGGAAUUCUGUACCAUCCUUAUUUUUUUUACAAUGUCUGAUAAUUGUAAAAACAAAGAUACAGAUUUCUAUUUGCAUGAAUAGUUUCUGAUAGAACAAAAAUAUUAAUGGUAUCUGUUUAAUGUAUUAAUGGUAUCUGUGUUUAAUGUAUUAACGGUAUCUGUAUUUAAUGUAUAAAUGGUAUCUGUAUUAAUGUAUUAAUGGUAUCUGUGUUUAAUGUAUUAAUGGUAUCUGUGUUUAAUGUAUAAAUGGUAUCUGUAUUAAUGUAUUAAUGGUAUGUGUUAAAUGUAUUAAUGGUAUCUGUGUUUAAUGUAUUAAUGAUAUCUGUAUUUAAUGUAUUAAUGGUAUCUGUGUUUAAAGUAUUUAUGGUAUCUGUAUUAAUGUAUUAAUGGUAUCUAUUAUAAAUACAUUGAUGUUGUAAUAAUUAACGUAAAUCAAAUGUCAAUAAAAGAAAAAAAUAUUAAAGUAAAUUUUACUA